AUGACCUCUACAUCUGCGAAGUCAAUCAGGAUGCAAGCUUUCCCAGUGUCGUAUGUUGACACUGGGACAUCAGGUACUACUCGAGCUUACUUUCUUUAUUCUGGCGGAACUCUGCGAGGCGGCUAUUUACCAAGGAAGCGUCAAUUUGCCCCUGAUGAAUUUGUCAUCGGCUUUGACGGCAGUGGAAAUAUGAUUGCCGGGACUAGUUCGGACGUCACAACACCCCUCGAUUCUUCAAAUGUUGUUGUGGCAACGUCGUCUACUUCAGCUACUUCAUCGAGCAUAACAAUUGGCGUGCCUACCUCUGUAACAGAUGUCUCCGUCACAGUUGGCGUCUCGACCACCGCUGCGUCAGAUUCAAGCACCACAGUCGUCUCCACCACUCCUGCUGCAACAGGUUCAACGAGCGCUAUCGUUGUGCCGACGAUUCCUACAUCUGACUCAACGAGUGCAGUCGUUGUGCCGACAGUCCCACCCGCAGUUUCAUCCCCUUCGGCUCCUUCGACAGCUUCAGGCACCUUACCUACGGCUGUCUUCUCAUCAGCUCCUGUAACGGUCUCGGUUCCUCCUAUCGCCACAUUGCCCGCGGCCACCGCUACCACGACCUAUCAGCUUUCUGCGGCAGGCACGCCCCUUGUAUGCUCUGACACGGUGAUCACACUUGCUCCAGCAGCAACCUUUGCAGCAUCUCUUAUCACCAUCGACAGCAAUGGUGUUUUGGCUUGUGGUGGCAAACAGGCCUACUUGAAACUUCAGGCGCCACCAUCGCCGAACUAUGAUGUUGUCUUGUUCGUGCCUCCGCCUCCUACUGGUCAAGGUAUCCAGCCGGGCUACUUUUCACUUGCGACUGGCAGCCUCGUUGCACAAUUCACACCCUUCAUGCGUCGUCGUCGACGUCAAGUGGCCUCUCUUCCCGUCGGUCUUGGCCCUGGUGGCACGCUUAUUGCUGGUCUAAACGUUGUUCCCAUCACAGGCACUCCUAUUGGCAGCUCUUCUAGUGCGGUGGGCUCGGGGUCAGUACAAGUUCCGACGGUGCCUGUCUCGUCUUCUGCUGUGGCAGCCUCGUCGUCGCAAAGUGGCAACAACGGUAUUGCACCCGUUGCAAGCACGCCUGUGACGGUCACGAGUACAGUGACUCUCACUGUUCCUGGCACGACGCAGACUGUCAUUGCUGUUCAGAUUCUCAUCAAUGGUCUUCCCUUCUUGGGCCCUGGCUCUGGCGCCAAUGGUUUAGCUGCUGGACCUGGUCAAGUGGCUGUGGUGGUCUCUAUUGGUAACGUUCUGGUGGCUGUCUCUGUUGGUGGCGUUGGCCCUGUUGGCGCAACCAUCGUGUCUGGUGCCCCUGCUCUGGGCGGUGUGGCACCCGUCAUUGUCAAUGUCGUCACGAUAGUUGCUCCUGUUGUUGUCGUCUCUGGUGGAUCUGCCGUCACGACUUUGACCACUGUUUCAGGCUAUGUGGCUAUUACUGCUGGUGGCGCUGGACUUCUCCCUGGUACCGGCGCUGUCACGCUUGUGAACGCGGCGCCUGCCGUGACUGUGGUUGCCACUCAGACCAUUGUGGUUCCUUCCGUCAAUGCUGCGGGCGUCACUGUAUUGCCAGCUGCUGGCGCUGCUGGUGUCGCUGGUGUCAUCGUGCCAGCGUCUGCAGUACCUGGUGUCGCUGCGGUCGCGGCUGCAGCUGGAGUUCCUGCAUCUCCUGGCGCGGCAAGCAAGGCCGUACCUGCCAUGAUCGCCGGUCUUUGUGCACUGGCUGCGAGCGUGAUCAUGCUGUAA